CAUCAUCUCCAAGUGAAUACCAGUGACAACCACUCCACCAACUCCACCAAUCAAUGACAAAAAAGUGCUGAGCGUAAUAAUGAAGUGGAAGGUGUUGCCAAUUCUUUUCGCCUUGGUUUAUGCGGUGACAAUCCUCCUUACUUUAUCGCUAGUCUUUUCCGUAGAGACUUUAAACAGUUCGACACCGUUCGUCAAAGACAUUUUGUUUUUCACGUUUCCUUUAAUCGGUGGAUCGCUGUCAUCCUACGCCUUUUACUCUUCGCUUCUCUUCACGUUAGCCCCUACCAGUGUGAUAGGAUGUCUUAUUGCCUGCAUGAAAUCACCCCCUCGGACCUUGGUCAAUGCAUUUUACACUUUCCAGUUAGUCAUCGGGAUCGUCUUGUUAUUUAUGCAAGAUCAAUCUGAUAAGAGAUUCGACCUGGAAGUGGAGCUAAUCGAAUCCAUAAUGCAGUACGAUCGCACUAAUAAUUUACAAGAUGCGAAAAAAUGGGAUGUGACGCACCGCAAGUUGAAAUGUUGCGGUUACGAUGAUUACCAAGACUGGUUCGUCACACCGAACGAAAUGAGGACCGAUGUUCCAGAUUCCUGCUGUUUAUUACCGAUCAAACGGUGUGGUGUGGACGCGUCUAGGAAAGGCCGCAUCGAGGAGAAGAUACACACGCGCGGAUGUUAUCCACUCAUAUGCGACCGACUGAGAAAUAUAAGAUUCAUUUACCUGAGCGUUGUGUUUCUUAUUCUUGCCAUUCCCUCGGUUGUGUUUGCUCGCAGAAUCCGGUCGUGGGUGCUAGCAAUUAGACGACAACGUGAUUGAAUGUGAAUUUAAAAAAAAAAUGCAAAUGUCUUUAAUAAAAUUAUGUUUGACCGU